AUGGGUCCUCCCACCCUAGCAUCCCACCUCAUGACAGUGGCAGACCUCUUUCAACCUGAUUCUGGUACGUGGAAUAAACCUCUUAUCCAGGAAUUACUACCUGAGUAUGAAUCAGAUAUCCUGAAACUGAAGCCAAGUAAACUCCGAGCCCGGGAUAGAUGGGCUUGGCUACCCACCAGGGACGGUGUCUAUUCAACGAAAUCAGGAUACUUUGAGGCACAAGCACCAAUUCGGACUCUACCGGACUCCACCAUCCAACCCCCGGGGAAUCAAGCUUCCCAGUUUAACUGGAAAUCACAUAUCUGGGCAGUUAAAACCUCACCCAAAACAAAACUUUUGCUCUGGAAGCUAGCACAGCAGGCUUUACCUGUAGGAGAGAACUUAUCUCACCGAAAGAUCACAGAACUAGUGCACUGCCCUCACUGCAAAGCACCCGAAACAGAGCUUCACUUAUUUUUCCAUUGUCCUUUUGCAGCUAAGACCUGGAGCAAAGCUCCCUUCAAGGAAACUUUUGAUCCUUCUCGAGUCUCCUCUCCUCAGCUGGGCCUUCGGAUGGUAAAUGAGUUAACUUGUCUUCCCCCUACAGGUCUUGGAGAGGGACCCCUUUUCCCAUGGAUCAUGUGGAUCAUAUGGACUUCCCGCAACAACCUGAUCUUCAGUAAAAUCCAGAUACCGGUGGAGGAGGCCCUCCUACUUGCGAUCCUCCGUGCAAAAGAAUGGCAACAAGCCCAGAUCCGCAAGGCUCCGCCGAGUCCCCUUACCAACCCACCGCCUCGACUUCCAACAGAAUCUCAACUACCCGGUACUAUCACUUGCUGCACCGAUGCGUCUUGGAUCUCAGAUUCAAAAGCAGGUCUUGGCUGGACCUUUCAAAACCAUCGCCACCAUAUUAUCGGACAGGGAUCAGACCUUGCUCUGAAUGUUUGA